UUUUGUGUUUAUAUCAACAAAUGUCCCAACCAAAAAAGAAACGUAAACACACCAAAUUAUUCAUGUAAUACAUUAGAAAACAAAACGAAGCAAUCUCAAACUUAUCCUAAAAAAACAAAAGAAAGAGAAAACUACAAAAGGCUAAAAUUCAUCACGGGAAAUUUGGCAUUAGUUAGAGGGUUGACAAUGAAAUCAGUGGCUCCCCAACACAAUACAAAGUCCAACAACACAACUUGACAUGCAAACGCACUCGCCUGCUCUCUUUGAAUUUUCGAAGCAUUUAAAGCUUUCCCACCCAAUUAUUCAUUUUUCAUUUUGUUAAUUUAUUUUCUUCAAAAUCGCCUUUAAUUUAAAUAAAUAUCCAUUCUUCUUCUUCUUCUUCUUCUUCCCUUUUCCUACAUAAAUAUCUUUCCACCAUUUUUUUCUCACUUCCACUUUCUGUCAUCUUUGCUUCCACAGAGAUAUCCUUCUCCAUGGCUGCUCAACAACUAGAUGGCCUCACCUAUGAAGAGGAAUUUAUAUUGAACUCACGUGGGAUGAAUCUUUUCACGUGCAAAUGGCUUCCAAAGGAUAAGGAACCAAAGGCUUUGAUCUUCAUCUGCCAUGGCUAUGCAAUGGAAUGCAGCAUCACCAUGAAUAGCACAGCAGUUCGGCUUGCAAAGGCAGGUUUUGCUGUUUAUGGUAUCGAUUACGAAGGCCAUGGAAAAUCAGAUGGCUUGCAAGGCUAUAUUACAAGCUUUGAUUUCGUAGUGGAUGAUUGCUCCAAUUUCUUCACAGACAUUUCUGAAAGGAAAGAAAACAGGAACAAAAUGAGGUACCUAUUAGGAGAGUCAAUGGGAGGAGCAGUGGCUUUGUUAUUGCAUAGAAAAAAACCAGAUUAUUGGGAUGGUGCUGUCUUGGUUGCACCUAUGUGUAAGAUUGCAGAUGAUGUUAAACCAAGUCCACUAGUUGUAAGUAUACUGACAAAGCUUUGCAAUUUUAUACCCACAUGGAAAAUUGUUCCAACCCAAGAUAUCAUUGAUGUAGCUUUCAAAGUUCCUGAGAUUAGACAUCAGAUCAGAACUAAUCCUUACUGUUACAAAGGGAAGCCUCGUUUGAACACUGGCCAUGAACUCCUCAGGAUCAGCUUAGAUCUCGAGCAAAGACUCGAUGAGGUUUCGUUACCGUUUAUAAUCCUCCAUGGAGAGGAAGAUCGAGUGACUGAUAUGUCGGCGAGUGAGCAACUUUACGAGAAGGCGUCGAGCUGGGAUAAGAGCUUGAAGAGAUAUCCAGAGAUGUGGCAUGGAUUGUUGUAUGGAGAGACAGAUGAAAACAUUGACGUUGUAUUUGGAGACAUAAUUGCUUGGUUGGAUGAAAGAUGUGCUUUGGGAAAUUCAAGGAUCGAAAAACAGCUCAAGGCUGAAUAUGAUGAUCUCCAAACCAAAUGAUCUCAGAAAUUCUUUAGUUGUGUAUAUGUUGUUUCUGAUUGAGACCAAAGGUUCUUUUCUUAUGUUUUAUUUGUAAAGUGUUUACAUAUAAGGUGAAAACAACAUGUAAAAGUAAAAUGUGUAGAAAAAGUGAAUGUGUACUAUAGAUUAAAGGAAGCUCAUAAAAAUAUACAUUAUAUUUGAAGGAGUAA